UCUCUGCAGGUUCUGAGGUCCCACCACCACGUACCUGAGCUUCAUGGAAAGAGAAAAAGGGAAGGCAAACUUUGCUGUUGAUCAGAAGCUACAGCUGUGGAUGGUUCAGUAACUGUUAGCUGCAUUGGUUCCAGUCUUCUUUGCAGCCCGGUCAAACACACAGUAGAAACCAGAAUCAAAAUCAGCUGGAAACACUCCUGAAAAUAGGCAAAAUUACAUUCUCAAAUCCCCCCAUCUGUGAGAAGUACACCUUGUCUGCAUUGAUGGACAUGUGGAAAACAGAAAAGGUGCCCUUUUCCUUAUCCAAGGUAACUUAAAAUUCUGUGCAAUGACUUCAGCAUCAAGCCUAGCCAGUGAUCCUGGAAAUAAAGCCAGCAGGACAAAAACACUUCCUGGCAGUGAGUAAUUCCCUUCUGUUGGAUGUAGCGUAUGUUGUCCUUACGAGCUAACACGCUUCUCAAUUCCAUUUUGAUUUUGCCAGUAGUUAACAAGGACUGCAAGAAGAAGGCAAUGUGGCAGAGCUUCAGGUCCACAGAGGUUGCCUACUAUGACCAUUAGUCUGCUAUCGCUGGCUGGAUUGUUACCGUGCAGUCACAGAAAUUAAAGAUCUGCUGGCGUUGUCUGGGUCUUGUUCAUUCCUCAGUGUGUAACAAGUGGAAGGUUUAACAUUAGUGGUUGAUGAUAUGCCCUAGUGCACGUUUUAAUGUAAUUUCAAUCUCCUGCAUUUGUGUGAGGCUUCUCAAGGCUUCAGCACUAUGUUCCCUGAUUUUUGUCAGAUUGAGAUAUUUCCUUACAUUUGGCCUUCAUCCCACAAAGGCAACAUCUGCAGGGCUCUCACACAGUGACGCCAGUCUACCUCAGCCAUGGCUUGGCCUCAGCCUCCUGAAGGACAAGUGCGCUGGGGCUCCUGCAACACAACUUAGAGUAAAAACCAGGUCAUGGCAUUGACACAUAGCCGCACUCGUAGCUAUAUAUACAUAGAUCAACCUCUGGCUGGGGACCGGCUCCUCAGGUGCAGGCACCAUGGCUCGCUGGGAGAUCCUGUGCCUUGCCUUGUGCUGCUACCUUGGGGUAGCAUGGGCUACAACGCUGGGUGUGGUGCACACCGAGGGAGGAUUCGUGGAAGGCGAGAAUAAACGGCUGGGACUCUUCGGGGACUACAUCGACAUCUUCAGAGGGAUCCCCUUUGCUGCCCCACCAAACACUCUGGAAGACCCCCAACCGCAUCCUGGAUGGGAAGGAACGCUGAAGGCAAAAGAGUUCAAAAACCGCUGCAUGCAGAUGACACUUGCGCAAAAUGAUGUCCGAGGGAAAGAGGACUGCCUCUACCUGAACAUCUGGAUCCCUCAAGGGAAGAAACAGGUUUCGACCAACUUGCCAGUGAUGGUCUGGAUCUAUGGCGGUGCCUUCCUUGUCGGAGGGGGACAGGGAGCCAAUUUCCUCGACAAUUACCUCUAUGACGGUGAGGAGAUCGCCGUGCGGGGCAACGUGAUUGUGGUGACCCUGAACUACCGUGUGGGGCCCCUGGGCUUCCUGAGCACUGGAGACUCAAACAUGCCAGGGAACUAUGGGCUGAAGGACCAGCAUAUGGCUAUUGCCUGGGUGAAGAGGAAUAUCAAGGCCUUCGGGGGUGACCCAGACAACAUCACCAUCUUCGGAGAGUCAGCCGGUGCCACCAGUGUCUCUCUGCAGAUACUGUCCCCAAAGAAUGCAGGCCUGUUCAAGAGAGCCAUCAGCCAGAGCGGUGUCAGCCUGUGCAGCUGGGCCAUCCAGAAGGACCCACUCUACUGGGCUAAAAAGGUUGGGCAACAAGUGGGCUGCCCCAUAAGCAAUACCACAGCCCUGGCCAACUGCCUGCGUGUCAGCGACCCCAAAGCUGUGACGCUGGCCUACCACCUGCAGCUCGUCAACCUGGCCAGUCCCCUGGUUCAUACACUUGCCAUCACGCCUGUCAUCGAUGGAGACUUCCUCCCAGACAUGCCAGAGAAACUCUUUGCCAACGCUGCUGACAUCGACUACAUCGCUGGGGUCAACAACAUGGACGGACACUUCUUUGCUGGCAUCGAUAUACCUGCUAUCAACCGCCCGCUGGUGAAAAUCACCACGACUGAUGUCUAUGACUUGGUCAAAGGACUCACUGUGGACAGGGGGGACAGAGGAGCCAACCUCACGUACGAUAUCUACACACAGCUGUGGGGCGACAACCCAGAUCAGGAAGUCAUGAAGAGGACAGUGGUGGACCUGGCUACCGACUACAUUUUCCUGAUUCCCACGCAGUGGACACUGAACCUGCACCUGCAGAAUGCCCGGAGUGCCAAGACAUACAGCUAUGUGUUCUCCCAGCCAUCUCGGAUGCCCAUCUACCCAAGCUGGGUAGGAGCAGACCACGCUGAUGACCUGCAGUACGUGUUUGGGAAACCCUUUGCCACCCCUCUGGGCUACCUGCCCAAGCACAGGACUGUCUCAGCUGCCAUGAUUGCUUAUUGGACCAAUUUUGCCAGGACGGGUGAUCCCAACACGGGGUAUUCAGAGGUGCCCAUUACCUGGCUGCCCUACACCACUGAGGGCGGUUACUACCUGGAUAUCAACAACAACUUAAACUACGAUUCCGUGAAGCAGAACCUGAGAGCCCCAUUCGUGAACUACUGGAACGCCGUCUAUCUGAAACUGCCGCAGGUUGCCACCACCCCGUAAACUGUGGAGCUGCUGAGAAACUAAGGAAAAACACCUUGUAAAGACAGACUUAGUUCAUUAAAGGCUUGCUUGUAACUGA